AUGCUGACGAUCACUCUGCUUUGUACCGUUGCCGCUGCGUUCGUGAUCUACUUUCUCAUAUCCUCGAUUUCUACGAGACGCCGCCAUGCUGUAGCCGCAAAGCAGCUCGGCUGUAGGCCAGCACCCACAGAAUACACCCCGGAUCCACUGGGCCUUGUGAACUUGAUCAAGACCCUACGCGCAAACAGCAAGAAUGAGGUACUCGAGCACAUCCGAGGCGUGUUCGACGACGUGUCGCUACGCAUGAACAAGACAGUGUAUUCUUAUGACACGAACAUCCUGGGCGACAGGGUGUUUUUCACCUGCGACCCACGGAACAUUCAGGCCAUUCUCGCUACUCAGUUCAAAGAUUUCGAGCUAGGAAAAAUCCGUACAGCCGCGUUUGCGUCACUACUCGGCCACGGCAUCUUUUCGGUGGAUGGGAAGCAAUGGGAACACUCUCGCGCCCUUCUACGGCCCCAGUUCUCUCGCGAUCAGGUCAAGGACUUGGAUCUGGAAGAGAAGCAUGUUCAAAACUUGCUCACAGCACUUCCUGUGGAAGCAGACUCCUGGACGAGCACCACCGACAUUCAACCCCUGAUAUCCCGAUUCACCAUGGACUCGGCCAGCGAAUUCCUCUUUGGAGAGAGCACAAACAUUCAGCUCUCUGCACUCUCCGAGGAGGCCGCGGCCAAAAAUGCCGAGGCCAAAAAUGCCGAAGACCGCGCCUUUGUGCAAGCCUUCGAGGCCUGUCAAGACCGCAUGGCCAAGGCCAUGUUGCUGAACGAGUUCUACUAUCUGGUCCUGACCAAGAAGCAUGGAGAUGACUGUCGAUUGUGCCAUCAUUACAUCGACCGAUUUGUGCACAAAGCUCUGGGCCGCGACAGCAAGCAAGAUCCAGUCGAGGGCGGCAAAAAAGAAAAGUACGUCUUUCUUGAGAGCCUUGUCAACGAGACGAGGGAUCCCAUCGAGAUACGUAAUCAACUUCUGUCAAUUCUAUUGGCCGGUCGCGACACCACCGCCUCGUUGUUGAGCUUCUUGUUCCUCAUGCUGGUCCGGCAUCCCGAGGUAUUUGACGAGCUACGAUCAACCAUCAUUGAAGAUUUUGGAACCUUCAAAUCGCCUAAAAAUCUCACCUUUGCGAACUUGAAGGCCUGUUCAUAUUUACAAUGGUGUAUAAAUGAGACCUUGAGGCUUUACCCUAGUGUGCCUCUCAAUGGACGGCGGUGCGCAAGGGACACGAGCCUGCCUUUCGGGGGCGGCGAAGACGGCCUUUCGCCUGUUUUCAUACCGGCUGGAACAGAGAUUGCCUAUCUAGUGUAUGUAAUGCACAGGCAGCCUGACUUCUGGGGCCCAGAUGCGGAUGCGUUCCGACCAGAGCGGUGGCAGAAUCACAAGUAUGGCUUCGAGUAUCUGCCGUUUAACGGUGGGCCAAGAAUCUGUCUUGGACAACAAUUUGCUCUCACAAAGGCAGCAUACGUGACUGUUCGCCUCCUACAGCGCUUUGACAAGCUCGAUGGAUCAAGCAUACCCCCAGGGCCGAUCAAAUGGGCUGUAACCUUGACUGUGGACUACUUCGAGCUGGAGACCCGCUCCAAUGGAACAGACCUCAUAUCCACCAUGAACGGUAUAUUCCAAACGGGGGGUUUUAUAGGUACCCUCAUUUUGCCCUGGGUGGCAGAUAAAUGGGGCAGGCGUUGGGCACUUGCAGUUCCUGCGAUCCUUGUCCUUAUCUCCGGAGCCGUGAUGGCUGGCAGCACCAAUGUCGGGGAAUUUAUUGUAUUCCGAUUCUUUAGCGGCGCUGGUUCGUGGAUGUCGGUCGCAGCAGCCCCGCUUAUGAUGAGCGAACUCGUCCCCGUCAAUCUGAGAGGUGGUCUUGUGGAGAUUCACGGGAUAUUCUUUCAAAUUGGCUACAUGUCGUCUGGCUGGAUCGGGUUCGGCACCUUCUUCUGGCCCAACAAUGGAAACAAUUGGCGCCUGCCGGUCGCUAUCCAGUGUCUCUCUCCGCUCCUGCUACUGGCCGGCCUUCCCUUUUGCCCAGAAAGCCCAAGAUGGCUUGUUAUGCAAAACCGAGACGAAGAGGCCAAGCGCGUGCUCGAGAAGGUUCAUUCGCACUCUGAUGACGGCCAUGAUCGGGCCCACGCAGAAUUGUACCAGAUCCAGAGACAGGUCGCCAUCGAUCGAGAACUGAAGUGCACCUGGACACAGCUGUUCCGCAAACCCUCGUACAGGAAGAGGGCUAUUCUGGCAAUCGGGACUACGGGCAUUGUCCAGUUUGCUGGCGUGUUGGUCAUCAACAAUUACGGUCCAGUCAUCUACAAGCUUCUGGGCUACGGGUCCGAAAAGCAGCUGCUCUUCCCCGUUGUCUGGCUGACUGUCGGGUUCUGCCUCUUCCUUGUUGCCCCAGGCUUGAUCGAUCUAUUCCCCAGGAACAUUCUGUUGGGUUGUGGCAUUAUCGGUUGUUCCGUUAUGUUGAUCAUCAUCUCGGCCCUGAUCGCCAACUUCGUCCCGUCAAAUAACACCGCCGCCCUCAAGGCGACCGUUGCAUGCUUCUAUCUCUAUCAACCGUUCUAUGUCAUUGGCCUCGACGGCACUCAAUUCACCUUCCUUGGCGAGAUUUUCCCUACGCAUCUUCGCGCAAAAGGCGUCUGCCUUGGUAGUGCCAUGAUUGCGUUGAUGAACAUCAUCUGGCUUCAGUCUGCCCCAACGGCAUUGGCGAACAUCGGCUGGAAAUACUUCCUGGUCUUCAUCAUCGGUGGAGUCAUCGGCGGUGUCUUGAUCCUCAUAUAUUGGCCCGACACACGAAACAUGCCAUUGGAAGAAGUUGCCGCCAUCUUCGGUGACGAAGACGAGGUUGCGGUUUAUCAGUACGAGCUCGAAAUCGACCCCACGACUCAUACGGUUCGGGACCAUCAUCUGGAGGGUAAAGCAUUGCAGGUGCACCAGGUCGAGGGCGAGAGAAAAGAUGGCCAAGUGGAGGUGAUGCCAGAGGCUCGAGCGGAGUGA